AUGGCUCCUCACGCUAGCGUGGAAAGUGCCAAUGGCUCCGUGAACGGGUCGGCUUCUCAAUCCUCCCCUCUGUUUACAGUCCAGUCCCCCAAUGUCGUCUACACCGCCGACGAGAUCAAGAGUCAGUACGCCUAUCAGACUACUGAAAUCACUCGCACCGCCGACAACAAGCUCGUUGCCACCCCCAAGGCCACCAACUACAACUUCAAGGUCGACCGCAAGGUUGGCAAGAUUGGUAUGAUGUUGGUCGGAUGGGGUGGUAACAAUGGUUCCACCGUUACUGCUGGUAUCCUCGCCAACCGCCGCGGUCUCUCUUGGGAGACCCGCGAGGGCAAGCAGACCUCCAACUACUAUGGUUCUAUUGUUAUGAGUUCUACCGUCAAGCUCGGUACCGACACUAAGUCUGGAGAGGAGAUCAACAUCCCCUUCCAUGACCUGCUUCCGAUGGUUCACCCCAAUGACCUGACCAUUGGUGGUUGGGACAUCAGCAGCUUGAACCUGGCUGAAUCCAUGGACCGUGCUCAGGUCCUCGAGCCCAGCCUCAAGGUUCUUGUGCGCAAGGAGAUGGCCGAGAUGAAGCCCCUGCCUAGUAUCUACUACCCAGACUUCAUUGCCGCCAACCAGGAAGACCGUGCGGACAACGUUCUGGAGGGUACCAAGGCUUGCUGGGCCCACGUCGAGAAGAUCCAGCAGGAUAUUCGUGACUUCAAGGCUCAGAAUGGCCUGGACAAGGUGAUCAUCAUGUGGACCGCUAACACUGAGCGCUACGCCGAUAUCGUCCCCGGUGUCAACGACACUGCCGACAACCUGAUCAACUCGAUCAAGGCCGGUCACGAGGAGGUUUCUCCCUCCACUGUGUUCGCUGUUGCUGCCAUCCUGGAGAACACUCCGUUCAUCAACGGAUCUCCCCAGAACACCUUUGUUCCUGGUGCUCUCCAGCUUGCCGAGAAGCACCGUGCCUUCAUUGGCGGUGACGACUUCAAGUCUGGCCAGACCAAGAUGAAGUCCGCCCUGGUCGACUUCUUGAUCAACGCCGGUAUCAAGCUCACCUCCAUUGCCAGCUACAACCACCUUGGUAACAACGACGGCAAGAACCUGAGCUCGCAGAAGCAGUUCCGCUCCAAGGAGAUCUCCAAGUCCAACGUCGUUGAUGACAUGGUUGCUGCCAACCACAUCCUCUACGAGAAGGACGAGCACCCUGACCACACCGUGGUUAUCAAGUACAUGCCUGCUGUCGGUGACAACAAGCGUGCUCUUGACGAGUACUACGCUGAGAUCUUCAUGGGUGGCCAUCAGACCAUCAGCUUGUUCAACAUCUGCGAGGACUCUCUGCUGGCCUCGCCCUUGAUCAUUGAUCUGGUUGUUCUGGCCGAGAUGAUGACCCGUGUCAGCUGGAAGACUGAUGAGGAGGGUGCCGAGUACAAGGGCUUCCACAGCGUUCUGAGCAUUCUCAGCUACAUGCUCAAGGCUCCUCUGACUCCUCCCGGUACCCCCGUUGUCAACGCCUUGGGCAAGCAGCGCUCUGCUCUGAUCAACAUCUUCCGUGCCUGUGUUGGUCUGCAGCCUGAGUCUGAGAUGACUCUUGAGCACAAGCUGUUCUAA